CUCCUCCCCUCUCAGCCUCGUUCUCUCUCCCCUUGCUGCAUGAGCUUGCCGGAGGCGUUCGUGGAGGCCUGAGCAGGACCCCCACGACGUAGAGAAGAGAGAGGGCCAAGCCUCUAGACCGGAGUGCAUAGUCGCCAGACUAUGCACGCCAUCUAAAGGCGGUGUAGCAACCCUUGUUAGCCGAGGAGGAGGAGGAGAGGAAGAGCGAGUCAUCGUCCUUCUUCUUCUUCUGCUGCUUGAAUCUCUAGCUCUAUCUCUAUCUCUAUCUCUUUCUAGCGAGGUUUUGCAGCGCGUAGCCUGAAAUUGUAGAGGGACGAUGGCGGACGGUUCGAGCAACAAGGCGAUCAGCCUCGAUGAUAUCAAGAACGAGGCUGUUGAUCUCGAGCGAAUCCCCAUCGAGGAGGUGUUCGAGCAGCUCAAAUGCACGGAGAAGGGUCUCACUAGUGCCGAAGGGGAACAGCGUCUCCAGAUCUUUGGCCCCAACAAGUUGGAGGAGCAAAAGGAAAGCAAGCUUCUCAAGUUCUUGGGCUUCAUGUGGAAUCCCUUAUCCUGGGUGAUGGAGAUAGCUGCGAUCAUGGCCAUUGCUCUAGACAACGGGGGGGGCGAGCCUCCAGAUUGGCAAGACUUCGUGGGCAUUGUUGUUUUGCUCUUCAUCAACUCCACAAUCAGCUUCAUUGAAGAGAACAAUGCCGGGAAUGCAGCAGCCGCCCUUAUGGCGGGUCUUGCUCCGAAGACCAAGGUCCUUCGAGACGGUAAAUGGAGCGAGCAGGAAGCUGAGAUUUUGGUGCCUGGGGACAUCAUCAGCAUCAAGCUUGGUGACAUCGUGCCGGCCGACGCCCGACUACUUCAUGGUGACCCGAUGAAGAUCGACCAAUCCGCACUUACCGGCGAGUCUCUGCCCGUGACCAAGAACCCGGGGGAGGAGGUCUUCUCCGGCUCGACAGUAAAGCAAGGAGAGAUUGAGGCAGUUGUCAUUGCCACUGGCGUGCACACCUUCUUUGGCAAGGCCGCCCACUUGGUCGACAGCACCAACAACGUUGGCCACUUUCAGCAGGUUCUUACGGCCAUUGGCAACUUCUGCAUCUGCUCAAUCGCUCUUGGCAUGAUUAUUGAGGUCCUGGUGAUGUAUCCCAUCCAGCAGCGUAGGUACAGGGAUGGCAUCGACAAUCUACUGGUGCUCUUGAUCGGAGGGAUCCCCAUUGCCAUGCCCACCGUCCUCUCAGUGACAAUGGCCAUCGGCUCCCACAGGCUGUCUGAACAGGGCGCCAUCACCAAGAGGAUGACGGCCAUCGAAGAGAUGGCAGGCAUGGACGUUCUCUGCAGCGACAAGACCGGCACCCUCACCCUUAACAAGCUCACCAUAGAUAAAAACCUCAUUGAGGUGUUUGUUAAGGGCAUGGACAAGGAUACGGUGAUGUUGCUAGCGGCAAGGGCAUCUAGAGUGGAAAACCAGGACGCCAUCGAUGCUGCCACCGUUGGAAUGCUGGCAGACCCCAAGGAGGCACGAGCUGGUAUCACUGAAGUCCACUUCUUGCCCUUCAACCCGGUCGACAAGCGUACCGCCAUCACGUACAUUGCCCAAGACGGGACCUGGCAUCGUGCUAGCAAAGGUGCCCCUGAGCAGAUAGUGGAGCUCUGCGACCUGAAAGGCGAGGCAAAGAAGAAGGUGCACUCCAUCAUUGACAAGUAUGCUGAUCGCGGUCUCCGGGCAUUGGGCGUUGCAAAACAGGAGGUGCCCGAGGCCAACAAAGAGAGCGCCGGGGGUCCAUGGCAAUUCGUGGGUGUGUUGCCCCUUUUCGAUCCUCCCAGACACGACAGUGCGGAGACGAUUCGCCAAGCUCUCAACCUGGGCGUCAACGUGAAGAUGAUCACAGGUGACCAGCUCGCGAUCGCCAAGGAGACCGGGAGAAGGUUAGGAAUGGGCACCAACAUGUACCCAUCCUCUUCUCUGCUAGGCCAGAGCAAAGACGAGUCCAUUGCUGCUAUCCCCGUCGACGAAUUGAUUGAGAAGGCCGACGGCUUUGCUGGGGUCUUCCCAGAACACAAGUACGAGAUCGUGAAGAAACUGCAGGAGAGGAAGCACAUCUGUGGUAUGACAGGCGACGGUGUGAACGAUGCUCCUGCCCUGAAGAAGGCUGACAUUGGUAUUGCGGUUGCGGACGCUACUGAUGCAGCUAGGAGCGCAUCUGACAUCGUCCUAACAGAACCAGGCUUGAGCGUCAUUGUUAGCGCUGUCCUCACCAGCAGAGCAAUCUUCCAAAGGAUGAAGAACUAUACUAUAUACGCCGUAUCCAUUACAAUUCGUAUAGUUCUGGGUUUCAUGCUCAUUGCUCUCAUAUGGAAGUUUGACUUCUCUCCCUUCAUGGUUCUGAUCAUCGCCAUCCUCAACGACGGCACGAUUAUGACGAUCUCAAAGGACAGAGUGAAGCCCUCGCCCUUGCCGGACAGUUGGAAGCUCAGGGAGAUCUUUGCUACCGGCAUCGUUCUCGGAACAUACCUCGCGGUCAUGACCGUCAUCUUCUUCUGGAUUGCCCAUGACACCGACCUCUUCUCCGACAUUUUUGGGGUUAGAUCAAUUAAGGGUAACAAUAACGAGCUGACAGCCGCCCUCUACCUCCAAGUGAGUAUAGUGAGUCAAGCACUCAUCUUCGUGACACGGUCAAGGAGCUGGUCAUUCAUUGAACGUCCUGGUGUGCUACUUGUGGGAGCCUUCUUCAUUGCUCAGUUGAUUGCGACGCUUAUUGCUGUCUAUGCCGACUGGGGCUUUGCAAGGAUCCAAGGAAUAGGGUGGGGAUGGGCAGGAGUGAUCUGGGUUUACAGCGUUGUCUUCUACAUUCCUCUCGACAUCUUCAAAUUUGCCGUCCGUUACGGUUUGAGUGGAAAGGCUUGGGAUUCACUUCUUCAGAACAAGACUGCCUUCACAACCAAAAAGGAUUAUGGAAGAGGAGAAAGAGAGGCCCAGUGGGCUCUUGCUCAGCGCACCCUCCAUGGGCUUCAUCAACCAGAUACAUCCACCAACGCCUUUUUCAACGAUAAAAGCGACUACAGGGAGUUGUCGGAGAUCGCAGAGCAGGCAAAGAGGCGCGCUGAAAUCGCAAGGUUGCGGGAGCUCCACACCCUUAAAGGACAUGUAGAGUCCGUGGUGAAGUUGAAGGGCUUAGACAUAGACACGAUCCAGCAGCACUACACCGUUUAAUCAAACAAGCGGCCUCGUUGAUACAAUUGCUGCAUAGUGGACGGUGGAGGAGGGAAUUGACGAUCAUUUUGUUUCAUUUUUCUCUUUGGUUUUGCCUUCAAACUGGAUGUGAUGUAGUUACCGCAAUAACCAAUGAAUUUCAUCGGUGGCUGGGUUUGGGUUGCUCUUACUGAUGUAAAUGACCUCAUCAUAUUAUAGAUAUAUCAUUUCUUUUUGUAUUA